GCAUGUCCCCAUGAUGUAAAAGCAGGCAACCCUGGCGGCUCUGCAGCCCCUACAAUCCAGAAUCGCGCAAGUACUGUCAGUAAUCCUGUUAGUUACCUCACCACCCCAAAGGAAAAGCCUGCAAAUAACGAAAACAGAAUGAUCGACAUCCCAUACAAUCCGGACGCCGACGCCGCACUAGAGCAGCUCAAGACGGGCGAGGCGAACUUCGUUAUUCUGUCAGUCGAAACCGACCCGACCGUCCACAUCGCGCUCGACACACACGGCACCGCCGCCACAUUCACCGACCUGGCAGGCAAAGUCAAGCCAGACGCCCCGCGGUUCGUGUUCUACACCCACCCUGACGGUCGCCGUGCGCCAUCCAUGGUGCUUGUAUACGUGUGCCCGCCUACGGCGCCCGUGAAGUCGAGGAUGGUCCAUUCGGGGUUCUUGCAGCUGAUGGUGCAUGUGUUGAAGACGCGGAGGGGGUAUCAUAUCGUCAAGAAGUUCGAGGUGGAAAACAUGACGGAUGUGGACGGGCGGGAGGUUGACGAGCUGCUGGCGUAGACGGGCGGACGGGCGAGAUGCAGAGAGAUAGACGUGGGGGUGGUCCGGGAAGGCGGUGCCUUUGCGUAUGGGCGGGACAUUGUAUGUAGGAUGGGGUGUAGAUAAUGUAUGCUUUCCGCGCAAACGAGAGGCCGCCGAAGUUGGACGUACUGUACUGUACUUAGACUACCUAAGACACCUCGAAACUGAGUGCUGUAAUUGUACCUGGAUGAGCCAUAGUGGCAAGAACAGUGAGCCAAAGCCCGUGAUUUGAGUUGCUCUUGCUACAGAGCAUCGGUGCUGG